AUGUUGAAGGCCGGAUCUUCUUCAGCUAGGAAAUUUGAGGACGAACGGUGGAAGAAUGGAACAUGGGAUUUGAAUAUGUUUGUUAGAAAUGGUAGGAUUGAUUGCGAUAGUGUGAUCGUAGCAGAAGCAAAGAGGAGAAAAUACUUGGAGAUGAAGAUAGUUCAAACCAAGAACCAGUCCAAUUCAGAAGCUCAAUCAUACCCUGGUGGGGGCAUGGUUCAUGAGAACGUUUAUUCCUGGUGGAGCAGCAAUGGUAGGGUUCUUCAUGGGUUACGUGGUGGAUGGGCAAACGGGGAGUCUCGUUUGCGAAACGGGAUUGGUGUGAUAAGGUCGAGGAAAUCCGAAGAUUUCGAUAACCUGAUGAAGCUUGCAGAUGAGGUUACUUACUAUGAUAAACAAUGGCAAGCUCCCUGGGAAGAUCAAACUGCAACUUCUCACAAAACUGGAAUUUCUUGGAAGUCUUCUAAUUUCUUAGAACUUCUUGGAAGUCUUCUGAUUCAUAAUUGUUAA